ACAAGGAAGACAACACAGUGUUCAAGUGAAGAAGAAAAUGUCAUUUCCUGGUAGGAGUUCCUUGCUUUCGUCCCUAAUUUGUGCAGCAUGGGUGAUCGCAAUUCUAGCUGAGGGACAACAAAUCGAACAACCAGAAAUGGCUACCAAAUAUGGGCAACUGAAAGGAAAAUGGGUUACUGUCGAGGGAAUUGACAGACUUACAAAUGUGUUUCUUGGAAUUCCUUUUGCAAAACCGCCUGUGGGAGCCCUGAGAUUUUCCCCACCACAACCAGCUGAACCAUGGAUCAGUGUGAGAGAUGCAACUUCUUUUCCACCAGCGUGCUUACAAGACCAGGCGAUGCUGGAAAAAUUUGAAGAAAUUUUUCCAACUAAACAACUUAACUUCUCAAUUUCUGAAGACUGUUUGUACCUGAAUAUUUAUACCCCUGCCCAUUCUAAUGAGAAAGCCAAGUUACCUGUUAUAGUGUGGAUCCAUGGAGGAGCUCUGUUGAUGGGUGGAGCUUCAAUGUUUGAUGGAUCUGCAUUAUCUGUCUAUGAGAAUUUGGUAGUGGUAACCAUACAAUAUCGAUUAGGUAUCACUGGAUUCUUUAGUACUGGUGACGAACAUGCUCGUGUAAACUGGGGCUUUUUGGAUCAAGUGGCAGCUCUCCAGUGGAUUCAGGAAAAUAUUGAACAUUUUGGAGGAGAUCCAGGAUCUGUCACUAUAUUUGGAGAGUCUACAGGAGGAGUCAGCGUUUCUGUCCUUGUUCUAUCUCCCUUGACCAAAGGCUAGUUCCAUAAAGCCAUCUCUGAGAGUGGAGUUGCACUUCUUUCUGCCAUGUUCAGUUUUGAAGUGAUUGCUAAGGUAGUCGCUAACGUAACUGGCUGCGACACCUCCAGUUCGGCUGCCAUGGUUCAUUGCCUAAGGAAGAAACCAGAAGAAGAAAUGAUUUUGAACUUUCAACAACAACAGCAAGUCUCAAUUAUCCCAGCAGUUAUAGAUGGUGUAUUUAUUCAGAAGAAGCCUGAAGAGCUAAUGGCUGGCAAAGACUUCAGUGCUGUCCCAUAUAUAAUAGGAAUAAAUAAUCAUGAAUAUGGCUGGAUGCCUCCUUUUUCAUUCAACAUACCUGGCCUGAAGGAGGGUAUGCAUAAAGAAACUAUCCUCUCUACCGUACCAAUGCUGCACCCACUCUUGUCUGUGCCAGCUGAAUUUGUGUUUCUGAUAACAGAUGAGUAUCUGGGAGACACAGACAACCCUGUCGCCCUGCGGGACCGGUUUCUGGAUUUGAUGGGAGAUGCAAUCUUAUUAGUUUCAGCUAUAAAAACAUCUAAUUAUCACAGAGAAUAUGGGGUGUAAUGCCACAGCGCUCUUCCUAAUCUUGGCGACUGAAUAGUGGACUGGGGACAAGGCACUUGUGUGAGUAUAUUUCCACUUUUCACUUGUGUAAGCACUUUGACUCUCAAAGACAGAACUCAAGUAUUCCUUGUGUUAAGCAGGCUUUAAUUAUUUCUUCUGUAAUAUCUCCCUAACGUUUUUCAGUCACUGUGCCCAAACUGUUCCCCCUUUGAUACUGGAUGCAGCCAAAAAGCAGGUCCCUCUCGUUACCGAUUUAGCUAUUUUAGGAUUUUACACUGCCAUCUGCCAGCAUAGUAUUUGAGUGUCUUCCAUGUAAAAUGGAGAGCAACAGCAAAGACCCUAGUGGACUUCAUGGCAUCAUUAGUUCUCCUUUUGUGGGGUAAAACUCUUAUUGGAAUAUGUGGUUUGUUUUGUGAGGUUGGUUUUGUUUCAGCUUCUUUUUUGGGGUGGUGGGAAGUUGUGUCAAUGGGAUUUUGGUGGUGUCAUUUUUUACUAUGGUGGAAAAUCUUUUUCAAGAGGUUCUACAGUGUCUCCUAAAGGUGGUCCGAUUCUAGAUUCAGCUGAUUUUCUUCUGGAAGUUGGUUCCAUAGCAAGACUGGGGGAUUGAAAAUGCUUUGUUCUAAAUGCUCAUGUUCUUUGUCCUUUUGGUUUGUGUCAUAAACAGAUAGUCGGAGUUAAUGGAACUGAAGUACUUUAUAUUUCUUUUGACUGUAAAGGGUUAACAAGUUCAGUAAGCCUGGCUGUCACCUGACCAGAGGACCGAU